GGAGGCAUGGGGAGUCCUCCUCACACUUUCCUGAUGAGGAGAGAGGCUUAGGGGCCUGGGCAGGCCUGAGGGCACCGAGGAGGGAGUGUUGGAGCUGGGAGUGAUCUAGCAUCAGGGCACCCUGGAAUGGGAGCAGCCAUAGACACCAGAUGGCCAGGGUCCAAGAUCAGGGCCCUGGGAGACACGGGGAAGGGAACAUGGCCUCCCUGAGCCUGUCCUUGACCCUGCAGGAGGUGUCAUCUGUGAGGGCCAUCCAUGAGAUGGACCCGCAGGGAGCCCAGGAGAGGCAGCAGCAGCAGGGUGUCGUCCCCUUCCUGGGCAUGUUUCUCUAUCACCUGAAGCUGCUGGACAUUGGGAUGGAGGAUUAUCUGGAAGUGAGUGAGCCUGGAGAUGGGGCCAGGGAGCAGGAUCCUGACGUUUGGGAGGCGAGAGCCCUGCACUGGGACCUGAGCUCUCAGUACCUGGCAAACCUCCUCUCAUGAGAGCCCCAUGGCCACCCCUGGGAGUUGGGGAGUCAGGCCCAUCUUAGCAAUGCGUGAAUAGACGCUCCGCAUAAGCCCCCCACCAGUCUACCUGGGCUGGUGAAGCUCAUAGCUGCCUGCCUGCAGAGCUGCAGGAGGCUGUGUCUGAGAUGGAUUCAGCCUCCCCCUCAGGCCCUGCCCCUGGGGGAGUGCCAUCAGCCCCUGCAAGUGAGGAAGCACUUCUGUGUUCCAGCUGUCCCUUCCUCC